ACAGAGGGCUCUUCGCGAUGCCACAGAUCUCAGAAUACAUCAAUUCCCCCUCCUGAGCUUUUCGGCUCUAUAACGCAUACAAAUGACAUCUUUCCACCGAACAGUUGAUUUUGAUAAGCGCACCAACUACUAGAGCUGUCUAUUAUACUUUUUAAGAAGAGAGAGACAUAAUUGUUGAUGUCCACUGACAGCAAGGCUGUUGUCAAUAAUACUUGAACCAAACUGCAACGACUAAAAAAGGUCGUUUGAAAGGAUAGUCUGGAUGGAAAACAAGGCUCCUGUUCUUCCUCAAGAAAACUGACAAGCAAUAGUCUGAAUUCAAGGUCACCUGUGCCAGACGUCAUGACGACGGGCCCGUCUGCACGGUACCGUCCCACCUGGGACCUGGCCCUGGACCCCCUGAUGUCCUGCAAGCUGUGCCUUGGGGAGUUCCCCCGCGAGCAGAUGACCACCAUCAGCCAGUGCCAAUGUGUCUUCUGCAGCCUGUGCCUGAAGCAGUAUGUGGAACUUCUGAUCAAAGAGGGCCUCGAAACCACUAUUAGCUGCCCAGACUCUGCCUGCCCAAAACAAGGUCACCUGCUAGAGAAUGAGAUUGAAUGCAUGGUGGCAGCAGGGAGCAUGCAGAGGUACAGGAGGCUGCAGUUUGAGAGAGAGGUGCUGCUGGACCCCUGUCGAACCUGGUGCCCGUCCUCGUCAUGCCAGGCAGUGUGCCAACUGAAGGAGGGGGAAGUGGCGCUGGCACAGCUGGUCCAGUGCUCGGUGUGCAGGUUGGAGUUCUGCUCAGCCUGUCAGGCCAGCUGGCAUAAAGGACAGGCCUGCCAGGACAACAUGCCCAUCAUCACCUUCCUACCCGGGGAGAGCAGUUCCUUCUACAAGAGCGACGAUGACGACGCGCCCAUCAAGUGCUGUCCCAAGUGUAAGGUGUACAUCGAGAGGGACGAGGGCUGUGCUCAGAUGAUGUGCAAGAACUGUAAGCACGCCUUCUGCUGGUACUGCCUGGAGUCUCUGGACGACGACUUCCUCCUGAUCCACUACGAUAAAGGGCCGUGCAGAAACAAACUGGGCCACUCCAGAGCUUCAGUGAUCUGGCACCGGACACAGGUGGUGGGGAUAUUCGCUGGCUUCGGUCUGCUCCUACUGGUGGCCUCUCCCUUCCUCCUCCUAGCCACACCCUUUGUUCUGUGCUGCAAGUGUAAAUGCAGUAAAGGAGAUGACGAUCCUCUGCCUACCUAACCAACCCCGCCCUGGACACAGGGUCAUGUCAGCUCACCUGACAGACAGGGGCACCAGGCCUGUUGAUGGACAGGGUGUUUGGUGUUUGGUUAGUCAGCCACUCCUUACAGUGUUUUAAUCCCGCCCACCGGCCCAGAGGACUCUUAGGGAUGGAUGGGUUUGUCGCUGGGGCAGCGCAGUGCAAGUGGAUGAGGAACAUUGACUUUGGGCGGAGCCAGCAAAUUGGGUUGAGGGGACACUCUGAACAGUGUGGUUUUGAUGUGAUGUGUUAAGAAGGCCUGGGCCUGCAGAGGCGAGGAGAACAGAGAACAGAACCAAUGUUGGGCUGGGUUGGUUGUUGCUUCAGAGGUCAAUCUGGGAUUGGUGGUUAUAGUUCUGUCUAUGUGUGUCAGGUUCAAGGUUAAGGUUAUUUGUACAACUGUCUUGGUGCUUGUUUGGGGGACUGCAAAUAAAAUGUAGGUAUAUUUGGAGGGAGUAGCCUUGGCUAUCAGCCACAGAAUGUGGAAGUCUCCUAUAAGGGUAGAUUCUGUGUCCCAAGUGACAACAUAUUCCCUAUACAGUGCACUAUUUCUGACCAGGACCCAUAAGGCUCUGGUUAAAAGUAGUGCACUAUUUAGGGAAUAGGAUGUAAUUUGGAUUAUUUACUUACCAACCGGUUCUCCCUCUUCAGCUCUUGAGCUUUGUAUAAGAACAUAAACAAUAUCAAGGAUCUCAUCAGAGAAAACCUUUUCAGAUUAUCUGUUUGUAUCAUGUAAAUCUCUGAGGAUCUCAUCAGAGAAAACCAUUUCAGAUUAUCUGUUUGUAUCAUGUAAAUCUCUGAGGAUCUCAUCAGAGAAAACCAUUUCAGAUUAUCUGUUUGUAUCAUGUAAAUCUCUGAGGAUCUCAUCAGAGAAAACCAUUUCAGAUUAUCUGUUUGUAUCAUGUAAAUCUCUGAGGAUCUCAUCAGAGAAAACCAUUUCAGAUUAUCAGUUUGUAUCAUGUAAAUCUCUGAGGAUUCACAACGUCCCUCAAAUAUAUUUGGAACGUUUUGUUUUCUAUUAUAGACUUGCUGGGAAAGAUUUGUCAGAUAAAAGAUGAGACUAUUGUUCAACAUAACCUACAGGAUGCAUGUCUACUAUAUACUUGAGGAUGUUGUAUAAUCUACUCAGAUUAUAAGGAGUCAACUUUACCACCAUCUUGAAUUUACUGCCCAUUCUCCUGAAGAAAAAUCUGUGUAAAUGUGCAAACUUCCUUUGCAACUAUUUACCAUAGAAUAAUUUGCUAAAAUCAAGAGUGAAUGGUAUAACAUUGAUCUUUCAGUAUUUCUAUCAACACAGUGGAAUAAACAGUACAACCCACCCAGACGUAGCAAGCAGGGUUGGAGUCGAUUCCAUUUCAGUUAAAUCAAUUCAGGAAGAUAACUGAAAUUCCAAUUUCAAUUUUCCUCAUUGCUUCUUUAUGAGAAAUAUUUGGAAUUGGAAUUUCAAUUUACUUCUUGAAUUGACAAUGAAAAGGAAUUGACCCCAACCCUGGUCACAAGUGCUAAUGUCCAACCAAAUAACCCAUUCUGUAGCAGCUCAACCUCCAUCUGUUAUAUUUACUAGCUGUCACGCCCUGACCUGAGAGAGACGGUUUAUUUCUCUUUUCUGUUAGGUCAGGGUGUGGGGUGGGCAUUCUAUGUUUUGUAUUUCUUUGUUUUGGGCCGAGUAUGGUUCCUAAUCAGAGGCAGCUGUCUAUCGUUGUCUCUGAUUAGGAAUCAUACUUAGGCAGCCUUUUCCCACCUGUGUUUGUGGGUAGUUGUUUUCUGUUUAGUUUUCUGUAGCGGACAGAACGGUUGGCUUGUUUUUGUUUUGUUAUUUUGUUCAAGUGUUUCAUAGUGGAAUAAAACCAUGAGCACUUAUCACGCUGCGCUUUGGUCCCCUCUCUACAACAGCCAUUACACUAGCAGUGAAACCCCUUUACCCUUUAAUGAGUUAAACUAACCAUCUUAUAUUAGACAAUGCAGAUGAGUUGAGGUAGCCAAGGUGCCACAAAAUGCCUUUCAAAUAUACUUUGAUAUGAGUGUGACACUCCCUUUUUACCAAAAUGCUCUUAUAUGAUAUUGUACAAUUCUGAACACUACUGUUAUUUAUCCUACAAUUUGUCACAUGUACUACUAGCAUUCUCCUGUUGCUCUCCACACCAAUUAUGUUUAGAAAGACUUCAUUGCUUGCGUGUUGUAUUUUUGUAGAUAGAAAAAUAUCAGAAUAGUAGCUUUACUUUAAAGAAUUCUGUGACAAUGACAAUGGUGUACAUUCUGGGUUUUAAAAGUGUAAAAGUAUUCUAUCACAUUGUUUUUUGUACAUGGAUAUAACCUUGUCCCCAGGUUCAGGUGCUACGACAGAGCGAGAGCCGCAAGUGGACGAGAUUAAUAUGGAUAUAUUUCCAUGAUAUGAUUUAGAAUUUUUAAAUGUACUGCUUAAUUGAUCAUUUCACGGUAUUCUGUCACAAAACCUGACCAAUUGAGUCAGACUCCAAAUAUGGGCUCAACACAUCCUGGUCCAGUUUUAUAGCAGCAAUUGGGCCAAUACAGCUUAGGAGACUUAUCUGAGAAAUUAGGUUUGUGUGUGUUAGGGGGGAACAGGCUAAUAGGCUUAUUUAUAAUUGGUGGUCAAGUUUUUGGAGUCAAAUGUAGCCAAAAUUAUCCUUUAAGAUGUCUAGGUCAGGACCACUUGUAGUGUGUGUUCACUUACAUUUUAACUUCUUCAUUUUGUUGUAUUUAGGGGGUUUUAUGUUUAAAGAAUAUUGCAUUGCACUCAACUAAUUCUAUUUAAACUGUAUGAAGAACAGCUUUGUUACUGUAGCAUUUCUGCACAUGAGUUCUGUUAUGUUAAAGGGAUACUUCGGGAUUUUGGCAAUGAGGCCCUUCAUCUACUUCCCCAGAGUCAGAUAAACUCGGGAAUAGCAUUUUUAUGUCUCUGCGUGCAGUUUGAAGGAUGUUGCUAUCUAGCCUUAACGCCAUGCAUGCUAGCUGAUACCAUAGACUUCCAGUCAUUGCGCUAAUGCUAGUUAGCAUUGCCAAAACCCAGAAAUAUCCAUUUAAGUUCCUGUUCAGAUGUUUACAUACUGUACAUUUGUUUGUAACACCACAUACUUUAAAUAAAAAAGCACAUUUAGCUUGUUCUGUUA